GGUACAAGAAUUAGCAAUUUCCAGGGUUUAUAAGAUAUUUGUGAUCUCGUCGUUCCCCCGAGCGGUCGAUUCCACCGAAGUGGAGGAAGAAGGAAUGGAUCGGAGACAACACGAAGAAGAGGUACAAGUCGAUGAAGCAGCAGCAGCAGCAGCUGCAGCGACGACGGGGCAGCGACGUUACAGCAAGCUCGAAGAAGCCCUCGAGAUCAAAUCCCUCCGCCGGAUCAUCAGCGCCUACCUCAACUACCCGGAUGCUGCAGAGGAAGAUAUCGUAAGAUACGAGAGAUCCUUCAGAAAGCUUCCGCCUUCCCAUAAGGCACUUCUCUCUCAUCUUCCAUUGAAGUACAAAACACUCAGACGGUGUGUUUCUGUGAACACAUACUUUAUAAUGAGCAUGCUUCAGGCAUUUGAUCCUCCACUUGACAUGAGCCAGGAUAUAGAUAUUGAUGAUCAUGAGGAUUUACAAAAUGUAUCUGAAAGUCAUCAAGCUGAAGGCUCUAAAUGCUCUGUAGAAAAAAAUGUUUUCUCAGAGCAACCUCUGCCAAUUGGUGGAAGUGAUGCAUAUGUCUCUGAGCCAAUCAAUUCUGGAGAAGAAAACAAUAUGACUGACGAGUCCUUGGAAGCAACUACUAAAGAAGAGGAGAUACAUAUGGAAGUUUCCCAUGCGUCCCAUGUGGAAAAGUUUGUAAGCUCCGAGAUGCAAAAACGAUCGUGCAAUGGUAAUAUAAAUGAUGUGAAGGUUGUUACUGAUCCAGCAGCUUGUUGCUCCAACCCUGAUGCUAGCAUAAGAGCAACACAUCUUGCACACACCUGGAUGGAUCCAUCAGUGCAGUUAAAUGUUCCUCUUGUUGAUGUUGACAAGGUAAGAUGUAUCAUAAGGAACAUAGUGAGAGACUGGGCAGCUGAGGGUCAAAAGGAACGUGACGAAUGUUAUAAACCUAUUCUUGAGGAGCUUAAUUGCUUAUUUCCACAUCGUUCCCAAAAAAGCCCUCCUUAUUGUUUAGUACCUGGUGCUGGACUUGGGAGACUAGCUUUGGAGAUUUCUUGUCUUGGUUUUGUAAGCCAAGGAAAUGAGUUUUCGUACUAUAUGAUGAUAUGCUCUAGCUUUAUCCUUAACUAUACUCAAGUGGCUGGUGAAUGGACGAUUUAUCCUUGGAUCCACAGCAAUUGUAAUUCUCUUUCAGAUAGUGACCAACUUCGGUCUGUUUCAUUUCCAGAUAUUCAUCCAUCAAGUGCAGGAAUUACUGAGGGUUUUUCUAUGUGCGCUGGUGAUUUUGUUGAGGUCUAUAAUGAUGAAAGCCAAGAAGGUACAUUAAAAAUGAUUCUUUGUGAGACAUACAAACUAAGCAGGCAACCAGGCACUUCUAGCUAUGUGAGAUUGUACAUCUGGUGACAGCAAUCAUGCUAUGCACUUAUGCAGACCAUUCAUCUUUCAGGGAUCUGAUACGGGGAUCUUUUGGACUUUAUUCUGAGCUUGAAUUGUUGAAACAAUGGUUUGCUAGUAUUGUCCAUUAUUGAUGAAGAAAUCAUGCAUGUUUUGAUUUAAGAUUGGUUAGGGAUAACUUAUGUUAAUUCAACUUUUCUGUUUGAGUUUGUUAACAAUUCAAACUUAUAAACUUAAGUACUUCAUAAAAUGUCGUGGCCAAUAGUGUGUGGUUUAGAAAGUUGUAUUUGGACCCAAAUAGGAUAUUUUAUUAUGGGCAUCAUAGUUUAUGGUUUACACAGCAGGUCUUCAUGCAUGAAAAAGUAGCUAUGCAUGCUCUGGUUUUCAAAAUAUAAUUGGCACAUCAUGUAGGGUUUGUAUUCCUGAGUAAUUAAAUAUCUAUUUUUUCUUGCCCUUAAAAAUGACAUUGAUAAAACAAAUCUUGCUAGAAGAAAUACACUAUGUUAGUUGUUGCCAUAUCUUUAGCAGUGUAUAAACAAACAAAUUGUGAAGCUAUAGUGAAGUUCCUUAUUGUAGCUUGUGUUCAGAUAGCUGGAUGAGAAUUUGGGUAUUUUUCUUAGGCUUACUUAUUUUUGAGAUUUCACUUACAUUGACAUGGAUGACUUGUUAAGUGACAGUCUACUUGGUUAAGCCAAACAGUGAAUGAUUUUGGUAACUCAUUAAUUGUCUUAGUGAACUAUUAUUCUUUUUGGAAUAUCAAUCUCAGUGCAUAGUUCAUUAGUCGAGUCUUGUGACCAUGGUUGACUUCCUAGUUCACAUGAAUUCUGAUAUUUCAUUUUGUUGGUUAAAAGUUUUACUUUCAGUAUCAAAAUUGAAGUGAACUACUGAUUCAAUUAAGAGCAUUUCUAAUGAAAUACAAGGUUUAGGUGGUCAUCCAUUGGGCUAUAAGAUUUUAUGACUAGUUAGGAUGUUCAUAAUAAAACCAUAUGUAACUCUUUAAAGUUCUGGAAAUGAUGAAAAGAGUAAUAACCAAGAGUCCAUUUAAGGUGGCUAGCCCAUAUAAAAAAUGUUUCUCGUAAUCUGUAUGGUGAUAUUUAUGAGUGUUCACUUCCUGAUUUAGAUAAGAAAUUAGAACAUUGUACAUGUAACACAACAAUUAAGGGAUUUUUUUAUUUAUGCAUUUCAUGGAUUUGUUGCAGCUUCAUCAAUGAUGCGUUUUGACAAAGUUCUGUAGUCGGUUUUUUGGUUGCUAAAAACACUAAGCAAGGAAUACCUUAUCUUUCCUUGUUACUUCAAAAGCCACAACACCUUUUCUUUGCUAUCAUUUCAUUAGUUUCCAAGGCAAACCUCCUACAAUAUAAAGGUCUAUAAGUUAAGAAGGCUUAUUGUAUCAUUUGAUAAGUUUGCUUUGGCCUUUUAUCUGUCAAUGAGUAUAUAACUAGGGGUUACCUUAUAUUUCUUUUGCUCUGAGUGCUUGAGACAGGAUCUCUGUCGGAUCUAUUAAUGCUUUAAUUGUGGGAUUCGAGUUGUGCUUAAUUUUUGCACAUUCUCAUUGCAUUAUUGAAUCUAUCUGCAGGUUACUGGGAUGCUGUUGUCACUUGCUUCUUCCUGGAUACGGCACAUAACAUUGUUGAAUAUAUUGAAACUAUAUCAAAACUUCUGAAAACUGGAGGAGUGUGGAUAAACUUGGGCCCUCUACUAUAUCAUUUUGCAGACUCGUAUGGACCUGAAGAUGAGAUGUCCAUUGAACUUAGUUUGGAAGAUGUGAAAAAGAUUGCUUUUCAUUUUGGAUUUGUAAUGGAGAAGGAGAAAGUAAUUGAGACAACAUACACUGCAAAUCCUCGCUCCAUGAUGCAAAAUCGAUACUGCACAGCCUUCUGGACAAUGAGGAAAAGCCAGUGAUCAGAAUCUAUGAUUCCAUGGUAAAAAGUGCUUCAUUAGCAUUUGGUGCGAAAGUCUUUCAUUGGCUUCAAGAUUUCACUUCGCCCCUGAUAUGAGAAAAAGGAUGUUGGCUGGAUUGUCAUGUCCAGUCAUUCCAUGAUCUAUAUUUUCUCCUAGUAAAUUGUUACAUGCCAUUAUCACCUCGAAUAUUGUUGGUAACUAUGUACAUUGAGCAUGUGUCACGUGCACUGUUUUCAUUUGUUUGGUCUUUUGAAUGCCAUAGUAUUCUUAAAUACGACAUAAAAGUUGAUUGACAACCAAAUAA